AGAUCACCCAAAUAAACAUUUCUCUCUCUUUCCUCUCACCUUUUCUCUCCCCUUCUCUCUCUAACCCUAACCUAAUAACGCCGUCGAAGUCGCCAGCAUUCUUGCCAGUCACCGUCGUCGCCACCCCCCUACCCAGUCCCGCCGUUGCCGUCACUGUCGACGGCGAACCAUUGGAGAUAUCGUGGAUGGAAAAAUUUGUGCGAAAGAGAACUGAAUGUUGGGGUUCUGCAUCUGGUCCCAUCUUUGGAGGUACUGGUUCACUGUAUAAUCCGAGCAUCUGUCGGACCUUGUUGACAAGGCAGUGGCUAGUGAGGGUGGAACUGACGAUGCAAAAAGAAGUGGUGAUACAUUUGCUCAGGCAUUUUCGGCACACUUGGCUAGUCUUGGUGAGUGUUAGCAGUGAAGCUGCUGAAAAGGAGUUGAUUUGGCUUGGUGCUGUUAAACACAUCCUAGAAUUGUUUUUUGAGUAUCCAUACAACAACUUUUUGCAUCAUCAUGUUGAGACUAUCAUAGUUUCGUGCUUGGAGAGUGAGAAUAGUCAAUUUGUUGAACAUCUUCUUGGUGACUGUAAUCUUCUUGUGAAAAUUGUCGAGGCAGAGAAAAAUUCAACGCUUGUUGCUGAUCGAUCCAAGCCUUCUCCAAAACAAACCAGCAACAGCACCAGUUUCCUGGACCAACUUGACAUCUGAAUUUAACCUCAUCUGCACCAGUUUCCAAUAGUUUACUGAUGCAAAUCUUGGUUUCAAGUUGGUGCAUAUUAUUCCCAUAUCAUUUACUGUGGUUUUUGGGUCAAUGAGAUAGUAAAUAUCAUCAAAUUUGAACAGGUGAUUGCCUCUUUUUUCCAAGGGUAAACACACUAGCAUUAAUAUUCAAUGGUUCCUCAACACAUUUAGCCACAACUGCUAUCUCUUGACUAGCUACUGGUGCUACCACUACUUCUUUACUUGCAUCAACAUCUGCUGCAAUUUUCUGAACCAUAUCUGCAUUAAUAACAGGUGCUAGAGCUUGUUGAGUCACUUGUACUACAACCAACUGCCUGUCUUUAGAAACAAUGGGACUCUCGUGUCAAACACACAAAGGCAUGUUUGAAUGUUAAUGUUGUGGUGUAUUUGUGGAUUGUGCAAGUGUUUUGUGGAUGUUUGCGAGGGGUGAAGUAGUCUAAUGUUGUAGACUAACUUAGUGUAGACUAGUUUAAUAUUUUGUGGAUGUUUGCAAAGGUUGAAGUAGUUUAAUGUUGUGUUGAUCUUUGCGAAGGUUGAAGUAGCUUAAUGUCUCUUGUGAAUGUUUGAAUGAAGUUUUGAUUCAACUUUAAAGUAGUUUCGAAUUGAAUUUGAUGUAUUGAUGGUUGUAAUAUAUGUGUUUGUUGAAGUAGCUUAAUGUUUUA